AUGUGCCUGGACGGUGAAAGCCGGUCUUGCACAACGGCGCCUUUCCGUCUAAACAACAUUAGACCUUACCCCGGCCGCUUUCGGUACAAAUUAGCGAGUUGCACUCGUGCCAAGACGUUGGAUACAAAAAUGAACGCCGCGGCAUUCAAGACUGCAGACACCGGUCUUCAUCACCACCAUGACCACGACCACGACCACGGCGACGACUGCACGUCACCGCAUGCGAUGACGUUCCACGCGGGCGUCUGCCAGGAGAUCCUGUUCAGCAGUUGGAUGACCACGAGCGCGCUGGAGCUGUUCGGCUCCGCGGUGGCGAUCUUCCUCGCCAGCGUGCUGUACGAGGGGCUGAAGUACUACAGGGAGGCGCUGCACACGAGGGCCACGACGGCCACGGGAGACUCUCAGGUCAACAUCACCAAGAACGAAUGCGGGAACCAGGGGCCUUGCGGCGGUACCGCGGUGGUAAAAUACUCGAUGUUCUCUAGCGGUCACAUAAUCCAGACGUUGCUCCACAUCGUGCAGUCGACCGCUUCCUACAUCCUCAUGCUGGUGUUCAUGACGUACAACGUGUGGCUCUGCAUCGCCCUGAUCCUCGGCCUGGCGGUGGGCUACUUCUUCUUCGGCUGGAGGAAGAGCACGGUGGUCGACGUCACCGAGCACUGUCAA